AUGCCCACCGCAACAUUUGUGACUGGUCGUAGAGCCACCAUCACUAACUUCGGCCCGCUAACAACGAUCUAUUCGGCACCAACAUCAUGCGCCACAGAAACAGAUCAUCUUUACGUGGGCCAGACACAUGUACCCGGCAUACUUUGGGCUUACCCAACCUGCACCGUUGUCCAAACAUUUGGCGACUGCAUACCAUCUGGAGACGCAUAUGAUAAGCUCAUGACUGAAACAUAUGCUAAGAUCAUUCACCAUGGAUUCUAUCAUUAUUAUUCUCCCGGCCUCUACUGCCCCCAAGGCUGGACCACUGCCGCUGCCCUCGUUAACGAAGGCAGAUCCUUCACAGAGAUCUCGGGAUACUUGACGCAGAGUUACUCUCGCUGGAUGAGUCACUGGGAGCCCGGCAGAGCACAGCCUUUCCCCCCAGAUGAGGUUUGGAAACAAGUCCUAUUGCCCUCCGAGACUCUGAAGAUAUGUUGCCCGAGGUAUUUGAGCGACAACAACGGCGAUUGCUACUCACAUCUGGGUCCAAUAGCUUCCUAUGGCGUGACAGAACUGUGCGGGUAUUACGCUCAUAAGGAGGUAACGCCCACUAGCACUCAGACGUUUCUAGACUCAACCAUCACUCUGUGGGAAACGAUGAGCUUGAUAACCGCUACUCGGGUCCUCGAAAGUGGAGAGGGUAAAAGUGGCGUUGUCGCGACCAGGGUUCCGGCAGUGGUGCUCAUUCAUAAGGAGUCAGAUCUUGAGUUGGCAGAAGGGAGAAAGACCCAGGAGAAAAGCUCGGCUUUGGAGAGGUCGAUGUUUCAACGAACGAGGCUUUUAUGUCUAGUUCUUUUUGUUGCGAUCUUUGUUUCUUAG